AUGCGUCACAAGUUACGAAACAAGGUCGAGGCAUUGAUCGCGUUGAGUGAAGACCUGAAUCAAUGCCGGGAGAGAUGUGACGCGAAGGAGGAGGAAAUUGCGAAGCUUCAAGCCAGUUUUCGAGAGGUCGAGGAAAAACUCACGGCAACGGCGAACUUGGCAAGCAAGCAGAAGCAGGAAGUCGAGGAACGCGAAGAGAACUUGUUGCAGGCGUUGAAUAGCGUAAAUAACGAGAACAAGCAGCUGAAUGUCGAACUGCAAGAGCUGUCAGCUAAACUCACAGAAGCAAAAGGGGACAACAAGUACCUGAGACAAAAGCUGAUGCGGUUUGUGAAGAUGGCGGAGAGUGAUGCAGAUUUGUUGGACUCAUAUGGCGAACCGCAGCCUAGAAGAUACUCGACUAUGAAAUACAUCGACUCUAAGUUCAUCGACAGUUAUGAAGCUUUAAGUCUGGAGGUAUUGCAAGGAGACGGCGAGUCAUGUAGCAAUUUUCCAGGGUCAGAUUCCUCAGACUUUGUUCAUUGAAG